AUGGGAAGGCGCAUUGGAUGCCUUGAAGCCUUGACAUUGUUCGACCGCGUUUUGCAGGAGAUUCAUUCGCAUUCUUACGCAGUCAACCAUCAUUUGCGAAUGAAUGAAUCGACAGUAUUGCUGAAAGUCACUGUCAUUGUGAGCUGGUUCUGGCAGAGCAUUCAUGGAGUAGAGAGUCAUUUGGAACUGGCACCAUGGAAGAGUGCAUUCGGCGACCUAUUUAAUACCAUUGAUGGCCAUGUGGCAUCAUCGAAGGAUUACCUCGAGUCACUGAAUAUUGACACCAUUGCAGCGGCGUCUGAGAUUGCCAUGAACGCCUUCACGGAAUUGUGUCGACAAAUUGCUCGUGUGACACAUGACCUCCCUGAGAUUAACACGGCAUGUGGGUGGCUCAUUACCAACCGGUACGUCCGCAUUAUGACUCCCGAAUUUGCCCACCCACAUUGUGGCCCAGCAGAGCAUGCGAUAUUGUGUUUGAUUAAAUUCGCAAGAUCGGCGAUUCGCGCCGCAGUUCGCGAUGGACAAGAUCCAUUGUCUGCAUUCCCGUGCCACAUUGAUCUUUCUUGGCUAUUGUUCGACAAAGCAUCGGAAAGCUGUGCAGCAUUGAGAGCAUUGUUUCGUCGAAGAGUCAUAUUGAAAACCUUCGGGCCAUUUGAUCACAUCAGGCACGAGACAUUGACUUCGUCAUACCUCUACAUUGCCUUGCCCCUCUCAUUGGCAGAAGGAUUGAGUAGCGGCCUGGGAGCUCGAAUUCCUUUUCCACUUGGUCAGCUCAAUGCGAUGUACAGCAUAAAAUCUGCUAUUCGCAAGCUUGCCCAUUGGUAUAGGCAGAAUUGUCUGACACCGGAACAAAUUGAGGAAGAGGCUGCCUUCAUUUGCUUCCGUCCUAUCAUUGCUAUGACCAGCACCGACCUCAAACAUCCGAGCGGCCGUGGUGGAUUUCAGCGCUAUCAUAAUUGCAGCUACAUUGGCUUUUCAUGGUGCUUUUCCAUCGACUCAGAUCCUUCAUUGAACUAUGGAUUACCGGAAUGGAGCCGCAGGACUAGCAUUGUGUUCGUCGCCAAAGGCAUUAGCGUGAAGAAGAUUGUGAACAUUGUCCAUGCUGCUUCCUACGUUUACCAUUCGCCGAGUGAAGGCAUUCCUCCGUUGGCAUUGCUUGACAAUGAUUGCUUUGAGAUCUCCGCCAAGGCAAUGAAAGCGAAGCCUUUGGACUGGAAUUGA